AUCCAAAAUGCGGUAUACUUCGUACGGAGUAUAUAGCAAUUUUGAGUUUUGAUUCUCUCAGGGAUUUGACCGUUCUUCAAAACUACUCCGUACUAGGAAACAGAAGUCGGCUGAGAUUCACCCGCGGGUAAGAGCGUGGGGAACCCCACCGGCCAGGUGAGGUCAAGAGUUCAUCACCAUCCUCACAUCAUCGCAUCACAAAAGGUCACACGCACUCCAUUAUAAAACACCAUCGAUUUCAGGUGGAGUACUCACCACAACUCUUCCAUCUUUCUGCUCUCUACCACGGAAAAUUUUUCAAUUAAUUCCAAAAGCUUUUCCAUUUCCAGAUUUUCUUUCCGGAACUAGUUUACCUCCCCAUCGGAAGCGUCGGUUUCCCGUUUUCCCCAUCAUCUGGGAUUUCGUUCUUCAUUUUAGUUUCAGAAUUUGAAGAAAAAUGACCGUGGAAUCGAUGCCCGGUAGCUCAGGGUACUUGGAUGUCGGUGACCGGAAGGUUACAUAUUUCAGCAAUGCUUAUGUCCUGGGUUUGACCAUCAUUGCCGGUAUUGGGGGCCUCCUUUUUGGCUAUGAUACAGGAGUAAUUUCUGGUGCACUUUUGUACAUUAAAGAUGAAUUUGAGGAGGUGAAUCAAAGCAGUUUCCUGCAGGAAACUAUUGUCAGCAUGGCUUUGGUUGGAGCCAUGAUUGGAGCUGCUGCGGGAGGCUGGAUUAAUGAUGCUUAUGGACGGAAAAAAGCUACCCUUUCAGCUGAUGUUGUUUUUGCACUGGGAGCUAUUGUUAUGGCUGCAGCUCCAGGUCCUUAUGUCCUUAUACUUGGAAGACUUUUAGUUGGUCUUGGGGUUGGCGUCGCAUCUGUCACUGCUCCUGUAUAUAUUGCUGAAGCAUCACCAUCUGAAAUUCGGGGAGGACUUGUGAGCACCAAUGCACUAAUGAUUACUGGUGGACAGUUUAUUUCCUACCUUGUCAAUCUUGCUUUCACUGAGGUCAGAUGUUCCUGAUUUUCUCUAAAAUUCAACUUUUUAUCACUUAUCUUCUUAUUAUUUUCAUUCUUAUAAAUGAGUUUGAGAUAUCUUAAACUUUUAUGAGCUUCAAUAGACAAACUGUGAAAAAUCUUUAAAUCAUUUUAAUCAUUUUUGCUUAUGCCAUCUUGAGUCAAAAACUGGGAUCCCAAGUCCUUGGAGUCCCAAAUCAACCAAAAAGGAUGGGUUUGAACCCGAAUACCCGAUGUAAAUCGAACACACAGAGGUGAUCUUAAAUUCCAUCAUUACAAAUCAUUUGCAUUUGAUUUGAAUAUGAUUCAAAUAGACAAACCAAGAGUGUGGAAUAUACUGCCAUAAACAAGUUUUUGAUUGCCUUGACAGUGCCUGAUUCAUUUAGACAUCAGGAUGCAUGGGCCCAAGUAGUAGUUUUCUUUCUCAUGUUGAAGUUAUGGUGAGUAAGACUAUCUGGUCAAUUUUAAUAGAAUGAGCUUGUUGAAUCUUGCCACAUCUUUUUGCUGCUAUAAUAAUGUCUUGGCCUACGUUGUAUUUAGUUGUUCUUUAUCACACUGCUUUCUUUGCAUGAAGGGUUUUCAACUGUGCAGCUCUGAAGAACCAGCAUCAAGAUAGAUUUAUGGGCCUGCAUUAUAGUUUUCGCAAUGAAUAAAUCAGUGAAGGAAAUUGUUACUUUCUUUCCUGCCUAUACUAGUUCUGAUUUGGCUCCAAAUUAUAUUUAUCUAUCGCUUUCAAGUAAUGUCAUCUUUACUGGCUUUUGCAUUGAACACGAUCAUUUACUUUCCAAUUGCCUAAAUAUUCUAUUUGCAUCUGUAAGUGUAAUAAUGGACAAUUUUCAGAGAUCAGUAGCUUCUUUUCAUUUGGUAUUAUUUUUUAAUGUUUUCAUCCAUAACUAGAUGCGUGUAUAUGUUUAGAACUAGGAUUUCUUGUUUCUAUUCAUGAACAUUCUUCAAGUGUGAGGUUUUCUGUUGUCCCAUGUUGUCCACCUGUCUGUCGAUUCAAUUUUUUUUUGGAUUUCAUCCAUAAGUAUGUAGUGUGUUGUUGUUCAAUUUACACCUAGUCUUAUAUGGCAUCGUAGAAGUCUGGAUCAUGAUUUUUUCCCCUGUUGAGUAGUUGCAGCAAUCUCUUAAAUGAACGUAUGUUUCUGAAAUUGUUUUUUUCUAGGAUGUGGAACAGGGUUCCUUAGGUUGUCAAACGAUGCAUAUCAGAAACUGAAUAUUUAAUGUUUAAACACUUCAGUGUCAAACCUUCAAAAACAAUCAACAAUAUUUUUUUUCUUUUUUUGUCUGGAUUAUGCUUCUAUAAUAUUCUCAACGUCCCUCUGUUUUGUUAUCUCCUUUAAGUAUAUCUACAAUAUCUCCUGAAUUAUUAGUUUAGCCUAACUAUGUACUCAUGAAAGGGCAUUGUGGUUUGGCUUACAAAUUUUGAGUAAAUUUUUUAUCAAGUAGACGUUGGAAGUGUUACUUUGUCCUUAUGCGAUGUGCUCUUCAUGGUAUUUUUACGAUAUCAGCUUUGCUUGCAACUGUGUUUUAUGCUCAGUGUUGUAACAAAAUCAACAAAUUCUUUCUGCAAAUCAAAUUGUGGUUUGAAAUCAACUGUGAGAACUGUUACAUGCAAGGAUUUCAUGAUAUUGUAAUUAAUUUGACAGUAUGAAUAUUGUUAUAUUUUGACAACUUGUUAUUUUGUUUUUUAGCCAAACAAUUAAUUUAGGUUCCACUUCAUAAUUAGCUUUCAGCAUGGACUAGUGAAAACAAAAGACAAAAAUGUUUAAUCAGGAACACUAAAGAUUAUUGGUGGGGUAUGCAGAAAAACUAGUGAUGUUCAAAUUAGGAAAGUUAAAACGUGACAAGCUAAAAGUGGAAGGACACCAAACAAACUGCAAUCAGUCCCAUGCGAAAUUAGGAAGUAGGGUCUGCCAAGGGCUGAGGGGGAUGAGAUGCAUGUAAACCUUAUAUCUACCCCUAAGAGUAAGUGAAUUACAAAAUCUAAAAAAGUUUGUAGUGUGCAAGUUAGGAGAAUGGACAUUGUAAAUAGCUAUAAUGGAAACCAAACCAAACAAACCAGUAAGUCUCAUUAGGUAGUUAAAGUAGGAUAUGGGAAAGGUGAUCUGAAUGCAGGCCUUAUUUCUACCUGAAGAAUUGAGAUGUUGUUUCUGUGAAGACUGGGUCACUGGGGGCCAAGGUAUUUUUUUUUUGAAGUUUGUAAAAUUUGAAGAUAAUAGUAAACAUCUUGAAGUAGAUAAGGAAGACAUCCAACGAUGGAAGGUAUCAAGGUAGUGUGAAUACUUUGGGCAGAUGUAAUAAUUUUUUGUCAAAGCAAUGGCUGGCUCACGACAAUAUGUUCCUUAUUGUACCUUAAAGUAUGUUUAUGUUACUUGAUGAUGAAGCUAUGGUUUUAUGUUAUUAUCCAAUAAUUGCCAUAACAAUUGUUGUUUCAGUUUUUGUUAUAUAAUAAUCAUUUGUUUUUUGACUUUUUAUUAUUCAUCUGACCAAUCUUUUUACUGCUUAGCUAAUUGCUCUGGUUAGUUAAAAUUUGUCAUGUGUAAUGAUCUGGCAUGGAUAUUGAACAUUUGUCCUGUGUAAAUCAUCGAGCAGGUCCCCGGGACUUGGAGAUGGAUGCUUGGAGUAUCUGCUGUGCCAGCUAUUAUACAGUUUUGUCUAAUGCUAUUCAUGCCCGAGUCUCCACGGUGGCUCUACAUGAAGAGUGAUAAAUCAGAAGCUACAGUUGUUCUUUCCAAAAUCUAUGAUCCUUAUCGCUUGGAGGAGGAGAUUGUUCAGCUAGCUACUGCCUUAGAGGAAGAAAGUUUUAGAAAGAAUGCUGUCAGAUACACAGAUAUUCUCAGAUCAAAAGAACUUAGACUUGCAUUUUUUGCUGGAGCUGGACUACAGGCAUUCCAGCAGUUAACUGGCAUCAAUACAGUGAUGUACUAUAGCCCAGCAAUAGUUCAAAUGGCUGGCUUCCAUUCAAACCAAUUAGCAUUACUUAUCUCAACGAUCGUGGCAUUUAUGAAUGCCAUGGGCACAGUCCUGGGAAUUUACCUCAUCGACUAUAUUGGUCGCAAAAAGUUAGUCCUGACAAGUUUAUCUGGCGUGAUAGUUUCCCUUGUUCUUCUUGCGGGAUCAUUCAUAAUCUUAGACCCGUCAUCCAGCACGGGCAACAGGAUGUAUGGAUGGGUUGCAGUCAUAGGUUUGGUUCUUUACAUUGCCUUCUUUUCGCCCGGGAUGGGCACCGUGCCUUGGACAAUGAGCUCAGAGAUAUACCCUGAAGCAUACCGAGGGAUAUGCGGCGGAAUGUCGGCCACUGUGAACUGGAUUUCCAAUAUCAUAGUGACAGAGAGUUUCCUGUCAUUGGUCGAUGCCAUAGGCACCGGUGGCACUUUCUUGAUAUUUGCUGGUAUGGCUGUUGCAGCCUUUGGGUUUGUGGUGACUUUCGUGCCCGAGACCAAGGGCCUGACGUUCAAGGAAGUCGAUAGCAUCUGGAAGGACAGAGCUUCCGGAAAUGACUCCUCUGCCAGAGAAUCUCUUCUUGAACCUGGAAACCAAUCUCGAGAGUAGGGAUGGAGCUCUUCUCUUGUCUCGUUAGCUUCUUUGUAUAGAUAUAUGUCGUAGCUAAAAGUGUUUAGUCCCGAGUGCAGUUUUAUGUGCACCUGCUGCGGUGUUGCAAUGCGGCCCGUAUUUGUCGUGUAGAAUAAUCUUUCAGAUCUCUUUGGUCGAUAUAUACUUUAUUUAGUCAUCUACUUUUCUGGAUUGGGGUGUUGCACUGGCUGAGCCAGAGGUUAAUGAUCGGAGAGCUUUUCUGUAGAUCAACGAUCUUCAUCAAUUCUUAAUACGGAGUAUGCUUUUACUGCAGAUCUCUGUUUCAAGCCACUUCUAGGAAUUGAAUAAGUAAUCACAAGGAUUUCUACCCGUAAAUCUCUAGUAGCAAGGACAUCUAAUACUACGAAACAUUUUGAGGUGGAUUUUGAUAAUGCAACAGAUUAAUGGUCAAGACAAAUUAAUUCGCCUCCUUGAAAAAAUCUUUUGAGCCUUUGAGGUGGAUGGAUACUAAUAUACUAUCUGUGGGGACGGGUGAUGUUCUCUUAGUUAUUUAAACCAGGACUGUAUAACAAAUAAAGUAUCAAGGCCUUGGGAGGGGAAUAUAUCACCCAAGGAAGCCGAGAUUAUGGGGUCAGGGAGGCGUUGAACUUGCUGAAGGAGAACCAUUGUUUCCGUUAUCUAUAAAUUCUAUAAUGGAAGUGGCCUUGCUCAAUAGAGAUUUAAUGAACUUGACAGCAUUUCUAAUGCUUUUGUGUGGCUGUCCGCGAAUCGCGUUGUUCACAGUCUUGUUCAAGUAGUUCAAUCUCUUUCUGACAACCUAGUGUGGGUCCCGAUUCUUUCUAAUUGUAUUGUGCAAGCUUUAAGCCGACUUCAUUAAUAAUACCCCUUAGUAAUUAAA